UGUACAGCAUGGGGCACAGAAGGGCAGAGCAAUUAUGAGACAGUUAUGAUUAUACAAACACACAUAUAAUGUGUUUAUACGUUUAAAUCAGAACGACAAUUUAAGCGAUCGUCAGAUACGUUAGGUCACAGUAUUUACAAUGUUUCGGCAAAGUAGGACAAUCGUCAGAAAACUCACAAAUUUGAGUUUCCAGGGUUCGUGGAGGUCGAGAGGAACCUCUGCUGUCGAGAGAGCACAGCAGUACACAGUGGGAAAGAAGAUUCACGGAUUUUCUGUGACAGAGGUAACUGCAGUUCCAGAUUUGUUCCUGACAGCAGUUAAACUCACUCAUGAUUCUACCGGCGCUCAAUAUCUACAUGCAGCCAGGGAUGAUUCCAACAAUCUCUUCAGUGUGCAAUUACGUACCACACCCAUGGACAGCACGGGUGUCCCCCACAUUCUUGAACACACGGUUCUGUGUGGUUCUCAGCGGUUCCCGUGUAGAGAUCCUUUCUUUAAAAUGCUCAAUCGCUCCCUCUCCACCUUCAUGAAUGCAUUCACAGCGAGUGAUUACACAAUGUAUCCGUUCUCGACCCAGAAUGCCAAAGACUUCCAGAACCUUCUGUCUGUCUAUCUGGAUGCUGUUUUCUUCCCCUCUCUCAGAGAACUGGACUUCUGGCAGGAGGGUUGGAGACUGGAACAUGAGACCCCCACAGACCCCUCCAGCCGUCUGGUGUUUAAGGGAGUGGUGUUCAAUGAAAUGAAAGGAGUGUUUUCAGAUAAUGAGCGUAUAUACGGUCAGCACCUGCAGAAUAAGCUUUUGCCGGAUCACACGUAUUCUGUUGUUUCUGGAGGGGAGCCGCUAGCGAUCCCUGAUCUGACCUGGGAGCAGCUCAAACAGUUCCACGCCACACACUACCACCCCAGCAAUGCAAGGUUCUUUACGUACGGGGACUUGCCGUUGGAACAGCAUCUGGAGCAAAUAGAGAGAGAAGCCCUGUCUAAGUUUGAAAGAACGCAACCCAACACAGCAGUUCCACCCCAAACGCUCUGGGACAAACCGAGGGCGACUCAUGUGACAUGCAGCCCGGAUUCUCUGGCUCCUGACCCCACAAAACAAAACUCGCUCUGCAUAAGCUAUCUGCUCGGAGACAUCACCAACACGUUUGAGACGUUUACCAUGAACCUUCUCUCCUCUUUGAUGAUCUCUGGUCCAAACUCUCCAUUCUACAAAGCCCUGAUCGAGCCCAAAAUCGGUUCCGACUUCUCUUCCUCCGUAGGGUUUGAUAGCAGCACCAGACAAGCAACUUUCACCGUUGGUCUCCAGGGCAUGGCAGAGGCCGACACUGACAGAGUCAAACACAUCAUUGCCCAAACCAUCGAUGACAUUGUUACAACCGGUUUUGAAGAGGAGCAGGUUGAAGCUCUGCUACAUAAGAUUGAGAUUCAGAUAAAACAUCAGUCCACCAGCUUCGGCUUGGCUCUGGCUUCAUAUGUUGCAUCUUGUUGGAAUCACGACGGUGAUCCGGUGGAACUGCUUAAGAUCAGUGAAAAUGUGUCCCGCUUCCGACAGUGUCUGAAGGACAACCCUCGCUUCCUACAGGACAAAGUCCAGCAGUACUUUAAGGAUAACGCACAUCAACUGACCCUUUCCAUGAGUCCUGAUGAGAAGUACCUGGACAAACAGACCGAAGCUGAAGAACACAAACUACGGCACAAGAUACAAAACCUCACCGACGUGGACCUCAAAGACAUCUAUGAGAAAGGUUUACAGCUGUUGGAUGCUCAGAACACAGCUCAGGAUGCCUCUUGUCUCCCUGCGUUGAAGGUGUCCGACAUUGAGCCGAUCAUUCCCUACACACCUGUACAGCUUGGUACCGCAGGUGGUGUGCCUGUGCAGUACUGCGAGCAGCCCACCAAUGGCAUGGUGUAUUUCAGAGCUGUGUGUAACCUCAACUCCCUCCCUGAAGACCUGAAGAUCUUUGUUCCCUUGUUCUGCAGCGUCGUCACCAAGUUGGGCAGCGGCGGGCUGGAUUAUCGUCAGCAGGCUCAGCGUAUUGAACUAAAGACCGGAGGCAUGUCUGUCUCUCCACAGGUCAUACCAGACACCGAUGACCUCGAUCUGUAUGAGCAGGGUAUUGUACUUUCUUCUUCUUGCCUGGAAAGAAAUUUACCCGACAUGUUUCAGCUGUGGAGUGACAUAUUCAACAGCCCCAAUUUUGAUGAUGAGGAGCGUCUGCGUGUGCUGGUCAUGAUGUCAGCUCAAGAGCUGGCCAAUGGGAUAUCGUACUCCGGUCACAUGUAUGCGAUGACACGUGCUGCUCGAUCCCUCACGCCCACAGCGGACCUGCAGGAGACCUUCGGUGGGAUGGACCAGGUGAAGUUUAUGAAGCGAAUAGCCGAGAUGACUGAUCUGACAUCAGUUUUGAGGAAACUUCCCAGGAUGAAGAGACACUUGUUCAAUCUGGAAAACACGAGAUGUGCAGUUAACGCCACACCGCAGAAAAUGUCUGAUGCUGCCAAUGAAAUGGAAAGAUUUAUCAGUAAUAUAUCAGGGAACAGGAAAGAGCGCAAACCUGUUAGACCAAGCGUUGUUGAGAGGUCACUGGAUCCUCAAACUCGAUCAGCUGGAAGUCGUAAACUCAUCUCAGAGCCUCAUUUUAAACCUUGCCAGAUGAAGACCUUUUUUCAGCUUCCUUUUCCUGUGAACUUCGUCAGCGAGUGUGUACGCACUGUGCCGUUCACACACGAUGAUUUCGCCAGUCUGUGUAUUCUAGCAAGGAUGAUGACUGCGAAGUUCUUGCAUGGAGAGAUCAGAGAAAAGGGUGGAGCCUAUGGAGGCGGGGUCAGACAGGGAUCUGGUGGCCUGUUCUCCUUUUAUUCAUAUAGAGAUCCAAACUCCACACAGACAUUAUCGGCUUUCCGUGGCGGUGUCGAAUGGGCACGAGAGGGGAAGUUCACACAGCAGGACGUGGAUGAGGCGAAACUUUCAGUGUUCUCUGCUGUUGAUGCACCUGUGGCACCCUCAGAUAAAGGUUUGGGGAGAUUUCUAAGUGGUAUUACGGAUGAAAUGAAACAAACGUAUAGAGAGAGACUGUUUGCCGUGACGGAUAAAAACCUAAUUGAUGUCGCUGGCAGGUUUCUAGGUGUUGGCCAGAAGACACAUGGUGUGGCGAUUCUAGGUCCAGAAAAUGAAAUCAUCAGAAAAGAUCCAUCCUGGGUGGUGAAAUAGAUUCUGACAGAUGUUAUUAGGGAUAAAACACGCACAUGGUCCUGCAUUACGCACAAAUAAUCCUUGUCUCCAGAUGCGCACUUCUCAUUGUUCUUUUUUACCGAUGUCAUCAUGAUUUGCUGCAUUUCUAAAUGCUGCUAGAUAUAUUCAAGGGUUAAAACUGCCCGAAUCAUCUCUUAGUAGCAAGUCAUCUUACAUUGACCGCACGUUGGCAGUCAUAAUGCAGUGAUGGUGAUGUUGUUGACUGAAAGAUUAUUUAUGAA